ACCAUAUAGCACCUCAAAUUAUCUUCCAAGCAGAAUGGAACCUCACACCGUACUUGGAGUGUCUGCCAACGCUUCAGCGAAAGAUAUCACCGACGCGUUCAGAGCUUUGGCAAUGAAAUGGCACCCUGACAGAAACCCAGGAAACGUGGAAGAAGCCACAGAGAUGAUGAAGGAGAUCAACAUCGCUAAAAAGGCCAUGCUCCGCCGUGCCGAACGCGCGAAAAUGAAAGCUUGUGCAGAAGAAAGCUCAUCAUCUCCCGCGCAUCAAAAUCCUUCCUCUAGCUCUGAAUGCUCGACAAGCUCAUCCCACCAUGCUUCGAGCGUGCAUACUCCUGAAUCGAGCACGCCAUCCUGCCAGGGUUCAGAACAGAACUCGCGGAAACCCCCGCCCCCCAUGCGGAAGCAAUCAAGAGAUUCAGACCACCGUCCGCAAAGCACCUUUAGCAGUUUUCUUCCCAAGCCAUUUCGCCGCCGUGCCUUGUCGACGAGUAAUCCCCCAUCAUCGCCUGAUCUCAAUGUGACAAAUGCGUACGACAACUGUUUUUCGAUGGGGCGGAUUUCGAAGGAAUGGGUCCACCCCAUAAAACUUUCUCUCGAGGAUCUAUUACAUGGCAAGCGGUUCAACGUGCGCCUGGCGCGUUACCAGCUUAGCGGGACGAGGCGAUCUGUCGUCUUUGCCAUCAACGUUCCACCUGGCUGUGAAGCUGGGACGAGGAUGGUAUUCAAGGAAGCUGGUCACGAAAACAAGGAUGGUCAAAAACAAGACAUUGUGUUUGUUAUUGAAGAAGCGAACCAUAAGGAAUUUACUCGCACUGGGGAUGAUCUCAGCAUAACUGUGGAAGUUCCCUGGGAUGUCAGGUUGACCCAUGGGAAACAGCGGAUGCCGCUUGAGGGUCUGGGCGGGGAAGGCCUCGCGUUUACGAUUGAUCACUGCUCCAACAAUGCCAUGAAAGGGACUGCUGUUGUACCUGCAGCUGGUAUGCCCGUUUCCAGCGACCCAUCUGGCCGGAGGGGUAAUCUUCUUGUUCACUGGGAGAUAAGCAAAACAGGAUCUCAGUGGCUGCGGAAGGUUUUUAGGGGAUGA